AUGGGUAAUUCUCUAGCUAAUGGAAAUAAUUCAACAGCAGCCUCGACUGCUAUUAUAUCGAAAGACCUAUCUUCAUUUGUUUAUCAAGAUUUAAUUUUUCAUGUUCAAUCAAUUCAAUAUCAAAUGAUUGAAAUCGCCAAAUAUCUUGAUGAUCGAUGGAAAAAUGAACAGAAGAUACAAAAAGAAUUGAAAUCACGUUCAAUAACAUUUGUUGAUCCAUAUGGCAAUUCAAUAACUAAUAAAUAUAUGGAUCAUGAGUUAAUCAGUACAUUGUUUAUGAAAUACAAAAAGAAUUAUGUACCAAAAUAUUUACAAAAGUGGAUUAAAAUUGGAACAAUGAAUCAAAAUAGUAUUUCUACAUGUACGGAUUCAGAACUGAAAUCAUCUGUAUUUGAAUAUCCAGAUGGUUAUCAAUUUAUUACAUAUGGUUCCGUUGUCAUCAUUGGAAAUGUUGUGUACUCACUUGAUGCUGCCGUCGAUAUUUCGGUUGUUCCUUGCGACACAAUGUUUGGUGUCAUUGUAAUUGCUAUUGUUGCUGUUGUUGUUGUCAUGCCUAUUGAGGAUGUACUCAGUACUAUAAAAUAA